UCUGUUGUAUUUGUGAAUGAAGAGUUGCCUCUUGCAUUUGGAAGAGAUCAGUCUGAUACUCUGGAUUACUACAGAAUUGAGCAGUUUUUUUUUUAUUAUUGGAUAGAUUAGACAGAGAUAGUAGUUCUCGGAGAGUGUGUGGCUUUUGUGAUUCUUUCUCCUAAGCACAAUAUUUUGCAAACAAAUCUCUUCAACAAGUACUUCUCGCAGCAGCACAGAGAGCGAGAAGGUGAUCUAAAUAUAAUUUUCAUGAGAUCAACCAUGUCAGUCUGCUUGGCUAACGUGAGGUGCAAGCCAGCUGAUGAAUUUCCUCCUGCGAAAGUGCAAUUUGCCAGACUGGUGACAAAAAAAAAUUAUCAAGUCAAAUAGUGAAGCAAAUAUGAUAAAAUGUGAUUAAUGAUUUAUGUGAAUUUAGGUGGAAGAAAUUUUUUGUCGUGCAUCUGUGUGUCUGUUUGUUAAGUGUGUUACGCAACGAAGUGGAUGUGAAAGAAUUUAUUUAAAAAUCAACUCAGAAGAGGCCCACAAGGUGUAUUUUAAUCAGUGACAACAUUAGCAUAAUAUCCAGUUAGACCAAGACAAGGCAGCGGCUAUUGUUAAUUUUUUUAUAAUUUACGUUUAAAAUUUUCGUUGCGCGACUGUGUGACGCUGCCCGAAUUGAUUGAGCCGGAGCAUGUCUCUGUCAUCACUUCUGGUCAGCACGGGGUACAUGGGCUUAUCCUGUGCCCUGGCACAGACAGCCCGCAAACUCUCCGGACGGGUGGUCAAGGAGGGUCUGGUACAGGAGUUAUUCUUGGAAGCAAUUGCAGCUGCUGAACUCUGUGCAUGUUGUUUCGAAUUAAUUAUUGUUGCCGACAAUUUCGGAGUGGCCACAUAUGCCAUUUUCCUGUUCCUCCUGACAAUCUGGUGGGCACAAGUUUGGGGUGAUGCCACAGCAUGUCCCUAUACUCAUAUGGAAGACAUGGUGGAGGGAAAGACGUCACCGAGAAAUGUAGCUCUCAAGACGUGGGCUCAACUUAUGGGAGGAUGCUGUGUAUUUCGUUUCGUGCAAGUUCUCUGGUGGCUGGAACUGGCGUCCACUCAUGAGGGAAGAGCUUUUGCUGAAUGCACAGCAGAUCUUCAGGUCAAUCCAUACCUUGGAGCUAUAAUUGAGGGUAUUGCAACUCUUCUCUGUCGUCUGGCAUCCAAGUCCCUGAGUGAGCUGGGCCCCAAACAUGCUCCAUUGAUUGAUUCCUUCAUCGGAACGAGCCUCGUUGUGGCCGUUGUUUCUAAAAUUUUAGCAUUCAACUUCUCCGGAGGAUACUUCAAUCCCGUCCUGGCUACGGCACUCAAAUGGGGCUGUUCUGGACACACCAACAUUGAGCACAUAAUUGUGUAUUGGAUUGGAUCCUGUGGAGGAGCACUGAUGUCUGUGCCAGUAUUCAAACUACCCACUGUACGCAAUCUCCUGGUGGGAGACACCAAAGCCAAAGAAGAGUAACCAAGGAAUACCCAAAAUGCCUUAAAAAAAAAUUCUUGGGAAGAUCCAGAAAAGAAUACUCGAAAAUUUUUAUGAAUUUUUAUUACAUGUUCCCGGAGACAAUAAAUUUCUCAUUGUAAUUGCAGCAAUAAUUUUAAAUAAAAAUUAAAUUAUUUUCACUGUUA